AUGCUCUCGCUCUCCUCUUCUCUUCUCCUCCUUUGCGAACUGGCCCUUACUACCGCCGUCAGUUUCGACCGGAUUACAUCCGUCGUCAAUGGUGCGGCGGAAUACUCAGGCACAGCCGUUUCCGUAUUCAACCCUCUUCCAACCUUGAUGUACAACUGCGACGAGAUGCCGGCGAUUUGCAAAAACGUCGAACAGUACAUGAAUACCAACAACCUUGCUCCUAUGGGAGCCGGCUGGGAGUUCCAUUAUCACAACAGUCCGGGCAGUAAAGGACAUACCAAGAGAAGAGGCUCCGCUGUUUGUCCAAGUACCUGGGCAAAGAAUAGGGUUCCUCAAUGCGGCACCGAUCCCACGCAACCGAACGUCGUCCCGGGCAACCUUCCUCCCAUCGUCAUGGCCAAAACUGCGGCGGGCUUAGGGAAGUUCAAUUACGAGAUCCCCGACACGACCGGAGCCUCUAGUGGUAUGGCAUUUACCUGUGACGAGUUCCCAGCGAGAUCUUGGAUUGAAGGGGGAACUGGUCCACAAGGCCGAACAACAUCGACAUACUGCGCGCCCAAACAGGUCUCUUGUGCGGGCACUCAAUGGAAGGCUGUGCUGGCUACGAACCCGAAUUACCCUGACACUGCGAGCGAGCAGGACUGGCAAGGAAGGGCCCACGCUUUCAUUGGGGCUUAUGCGGCGGCCAGAAGUGCUGAUGUGAUGAAAUUUCACUUCACUACCACGCGCAUGGGCACCAACGCCGUUCGAACCGCUGUUCAGGUUAUUCUACCCCAAUACGAAAAGUUAACGACAAAAACUCUUGUGAAAACGACGAUCACCUCUACCCUGACCAUCGUGGCGAACACGAAAAUUGCCCCCGUGCGUAGAGACAACCAAGAUAAUGCCAAUCCCGCUGCUGAGCCAACAACGAAGACGACGAUGGCAACACCGACACCGGCGUCGGCGGCGGGUUUCAUGAGUGCGAAGAACGCUAAAUGCAGGGGUGGUUUCUGUGAUCACUUGGAGAAAAUGAUGCGUUCCGCAAUUCCUGCGCAACGGCGUCGUGCACGCUCGUUGCCCGAGACGACGCAAAGGCCGGCGAAUGAUGAUCCUCAGAUGCCUGGGUUUGUCGUCGUGGACAUCAUGGUGUAG